AUGAGAGGUUCAUUUAAGGCCUGCUUCUGGUUUCUAGCAUCUUAUCUCCCUAUGUCAUUAGGGUCACCUGGUAGAAGAAAUAUAGUUAAAAUUUACAGGAAAUGGCAAGUUUGCUUUGAGAAAAAUGCUAUUUAUCAGUCAUCAUGGUUGAGCGGAAUGGCGACAACAACAGCCACUGGAGUAAGUGAAGUUAUUCUUAAUUAUUUAACAGCCUAA